CUUGCUUGAAUUGUUGUUUUGCAUAUGUUCCUUCUUGACUCAGUUGUAUGUUUAGGUUCAUUGCUCCAUGUUUGUUGUCUUCUAAUUAAUGCAACUAUAGGGCCCAAUUUUAAUAUGGACGGAAGGGCCCUACCCUUGUUUAUAUGCUCUCGGGCCAUAACUCUCACACGCGAAGGUCGUCUCUACAACACACGUUGCAGUUUGAAGUUUCAACGCUCCUUCACACGCCCUUCUCGAUCAACCGGUAUCUCUUCCUUGUUGCUCGGAGAUUCGAAAGGUUUCAUUUUUCAGCUCCAGGUUGAUCAUCUGAGCUGAGGGCUGACUAAGGGCAAUGGAGAAAAGAGACGAGGAUCUGAAGAAGGCUCAGAUGCUGGACGCUCGAGCCAGAAACAUCAGCCACAACGUUCGCUGCACUGAGUGUGGGAGUCAGUCCAUUGAAGACUCACAGGCAGAUGUUGCUAUUCUCCUUAGACAGCUGAUACGCGAUGAGAUUGGAGCUGGAAAAACCGACAAAGAGAUCUACAGUAAGCUGGAGGAUGAGUUUGGAGAGACUGUUCUUUAUGCUCCCAAAUUUGAUAUGCAGACAGCUGCAUUGUGGCUAACUCCGGUUCUGAUAGCUGGAGGUACUGCUGCAGGGUUGGUUUACAGUAAGCACAGGCAAAGGACUAAUGUGCACAUCAUGGCGUUGGAUCUUAUUAGAGGUGUUUCAUUGACUCCAAAAGAGAGAGUCACCAUUCUCGAUCUUCUUAUUCCGCCUCCCCCUCCUCCUCAGGGAGUGGCUUCCCGGCUGAGGAGAUGGCUGAAUCUCCGUUAGUUCCUCCUUAGCUCUGUUGUGCUUGAGUCAGAUAUUAUCGUCUUAGCCAAAUAAAACACUAUGUGGAAGGAAUGAGUACCACACAAUUGCCCACAAGAAUGAUAGACUUAGAUAUUGAACUAAAGUUCAUCUUGUAGUCUCAAUUUCUAAGUUUUUGUAUGUACGCAGAUCGCAAAAUAUUCCCUGUAUUUGUAUCUCUUUCUUCAGAGGUUACGAAUAAAACAAACCUUGGCUCUCUCCA